AUGGCGCUGCUCCUGCUGAGCCUGGGGGUGAGUCUGGUCUCCGCCCAGCAGCUUGACCUCCGAACCAUCGUACGCAGGAACUACAACAUAGCCAGGGUUUCCGGAGAUUGGUUUUCUGUUUCCAUGGCCUCGGAUGACAUGAAGCGGAUUGAAGAAAAUGGGGACCUGAGGGUCUUCAUACAGAAGAUCAAAAGCUUAGAAGAUGGUGGUCUGAAAUUCUAUUUCCAGCUCAUGCUGCUGGGGCAGUGCGUGGAGGUGCCCAUGGUCUGCGAGAAGACGGAGAAGAAUGGGGAGUGCACCAUCUCCUACGAGGGGGAGAACCGGGUGCUCCUCGCAGAAACGGACUACAGGGUCUACGCCACCUUCCACCUCCUCAACCUCCGGAACGGCACCGAGACUCAAGUGCUGGCACUCUACGUCUGCAAAAAAUACGGUCUCGGUCCUCAGAAUAUCGUCAGCCUGAUCGACAAAGGUCCCUACCGGAAACCUGCUCCAGUGGCCCCCUGCCCACAGCCCCGCCCACCACGACCCUCCUCAUGGCAGCAGGUGGACCCACAGUCUCUUGUGUUCCACCGCAGUCUGGAGACCACCAGAAAGCAGGAGCUCUGGCAGGUGUUUGAGGACAUCUGUGAAAACCCUGGCCUCCCCAAGGAGCAGAUUGUGGCCCUGGACCCCGUCAAUCACUGCCAGAGGUUCAGAGACCGGCCACAGGGGCUGCUGCAGCCCACAGGGCUUCUCGAGGGCCUGGGCUACACAGAGGGCCCUGGGGGGCAGAAGGGGCAUGCUCUGCGUCUGCGGCCCCUGCUCCCUGGCCCCUGA